AGAGGCUCAGGAGCUGGUUUGGGGACAGAGCACUACAGCUUCAUGCUUCAGACUCCUGCUAGGCCUCAGAUAUGGCCUUUCCAGGGCUGGUCACAGGCAAGCAGCUGGGCUGGCAGCUCCUCCAGCUCUGCAAGGUGAAGGAGAAAGCCUCCUGGAACUGACAGAAGGGAAAGAUGGGAGAGGAGACGAGCCCAAGAAAACUCAAGGAAGAUGAGCACUCCAUCCAGAGCAUGGAACCGAAGGCCACAGAUCUCCAGAAAGAGGUGGGCCUGUUCAGUGGCAUCUGCAUUAUCGUAGGCACCAUCAUCGGCUCCGGGAUCUUCAUUUCCCCCAAGUCUGUGCUCAGCAACACAGGAACCGUGGGGCCCUGUCUCAUCAUAUGGGCGGCCUGCGGGAUCCUCGCCACACUGGGAGCUCUGUGCUUUGCAGAGCUUGGCACGAUGAUCACCAAGUCGGGGGGCGAGUACCCGUACCUGAUGGAAGCCUUCGGCCCCAUCCCUGCCUACCUCUUCUCCUGGGUCAGCAUGAUGGUGACAAAGCCCUCCUCCUUUGCCAUCAUCUGCCUCAGCUUUUCGGAGUACGUGUGUGCAGCCUUCUACUCAGGCUGUGAGCCUCCCGAAGUGGUCAUUAAAUGCCUCGCUGCUGCUGCCAUCUUGCUCAUCACCACUGUGAAUGCGCUGAGCGUGCGGCUGGGAAGCUACGUCCAGAACUUCUUUACUGCAGCCAAGAUGGUGAUCGUGGCCAUCAUCAUCAUCAGCGGCCUUGUCCUCCUGGCCCAAGGAAAUACAAAAAAUUUUGAAAAUUCCUUCGCGGGUACACCAGCAUCUGUGGGCGGCAUCAGCCUGGCAUUUUACAAUGGACUCUGGGCAUACGAUGGAUGGAAUCAACUGAACUACAUCACAGAAGAACUAAGAAACCCUUAUAGAAACCUGCCCCUGGCCAUCAUCAUCGGGAUCCCUCUGGUGACAGUGUGCUACAUCCUCAUGAAUGUCUCCUACUUCACUGUGAUGACCCCGACAGAACUCCUGCAGUCCCAGGCAGUGGCCGUGACCUUUGGUGACCGUGUUCUCUAUCCAGCCUCUUGGAUUGUCCCACUUUUUGUGGCCUUUUCCACCAUUGGAGCUGCUAAUGGGAGCUGUUUUACUGCGGGCAGGCUCAUUUACGUCGCAGGCCGGGAAGGACACAUGCUUAAAGUGCUCUCUUACAUCAGCGUCAGGCGCCUCACGCCCGCCCCUGCCAUCAUCUUCUAUGGUAUAAUAGCAACGAUUUAUAUCAUCCCUGGUGACAUAAACAGUUUGGUGAAUUAUUUCAGUUUUGCUACAUGGUUAUUUUAUGGAAUGACCAUUGUAGGACUUGUUGUGAUGAGGUUUACAAAGAAAAACCAGGAAAGGCCUAUCAAGUUCACUUACAAAGAAGAAGAAGCAGAAGAGGAAGAGGAAGAGGAAGAGGAAGAGGAAGAAGAAGAAGAAGAAGAAGAAGAAGAAGAAGAAGAAGAAGAGGAAGAGGAAGAAGAAGAGGAAGAAGAAGAAGAAGAGGAAGAGGAAGAAAGAAUACUAGCAUCAGUCCUUUUGUCAUCAAAAUUUCAUGUCAGAAGACAAUGGAACAACAUAUAUCAGAUACUCAAAUGAAACAAAAUCAAAUUUAUUCACAAAGCAGAAACUACAGGACACGUGAGGAAAACACACACUGACCACAGGUACCUGGAAAAUGCUCCUUCAACACCUCCUUGUAAAAGUGGCUGAAGCAUCAGGUAUGAUCACAAAGCAGAUCUCAGAGUUUAUGUCACAGCCUCCCUGCCACCAGCAGACGCCUCAGGUGUACCCCGGACCUGGCUGAAGACUGAUGAUCUUUCAUGGCAAAAAGAAAACCCUGGUACUUCACAAACACUGUAAACCACACAACUUACUUCUCUGCGGUGGAACAACACAGAGACCACUAGAAAAAGUAUGCUUUUAAGCCAAAGUACAAAUAAGAAGUGAAAAUAUACAAAUUUCUAAAAAUGAAUAAAAAGAUGACAUAUACUCUAAGAAUGUAAGCUUCGACAUUUCACUUAAGGUUUAUAUUGGUGAAAAUGAAAGAAAUAGAAAACAGGCAACCAAAAAGCAAGAGAAAGAACAACAAAAUUUAAAAGGAUUGAGUGAACUUAAAAGAGCUCAGGGUGUUAGAAAGGAGGAAAACAGCAAUGAAUGAGGAAUGGCAGCAGCCAGACUGGCAUUUUGAAAGUUUUCCUUUUUAAAUGCUCUAGAAAAAAUACUGAGAUUAUGUGAACUUUAAAAUCUCCCAUGAUUCUAAUUCUUUGGAGGGCCAUCUUAGCAAAUUUUCUUUUCCCAGGAAACUGAUAUUUUAUCUAGAUGUUCAAAGUUGCCCAUAGGAUCGAUGUUUUAAAAAAACCUUCCUAUGUCUGGAGUUUAUGUCUCUGAUUUUUGGGUUUGCUCCCUUUCCUUAGGUUUUAAAAAUUAUUUUCAAGUUAUUUGUACAUACCAGGCAUAGUGGUGCACAUCUGUAAUCCUAGCACUCAGGAGACUGAGGCAGGAGAAGUGCUGUAAAUUUGAGCCAGCCGGGGCUACAAAGUGAGUUCAAGGCCAGCCUGAAUUUCAUAGUGGAAAGCUGUCUCAAAAAGACAAAAAUGUUAUUUGUGCAGAAAAUGACUUUGAUACCAAACCUUAUCAAGAUAGCAUAUAAGACACUGACCCAUCUCAUUUAUGACACAUUAAAAACAUAUCACAGAUAAGUUUAACCUAUGCAGCAGUGGCUAAAGAUUAUAAGGUCCACUAAUCUUAAUUUAUGAUGGAUAUAAUUCACCCCACUGACAUCUUUGCGGAAAACUCCUGUCAUCACCAUAGAUGAAAAAUAAAAUCCAACACACAUUAAUAAUAAAGAAAUAAGCAGGUAUUUAUUGUGGCCUUAAUAUGCACUCUGCACACAUGGCAAAAGUUGUCAUUUCAUAAGUACAGAGGUCCUUGUUAAGGUCAGGUAUAAGAACGACUUCUAUUUCUAUUAUUUAGCAUUGUUUUAAGGAUAUUAGCAAGGCAAUGAGAAGGAAACUGAUCUCUAAGCUGGUUCUGGUGGAGCAUACCUGUAAUCCCAGCAGCCUGGGAGCCAGAGGAAGGAUGAUGGUGAAUUAGAACCCAGCCUGGAGAAUAGACCCUGUCUAGAAAAACAAUAUGCAUGGAUGCAAUUAUCAAGCAUUGGGCCUCUCUCUGUCUCUCUACUGGUCUAUAGGAAAGUCAGGCAACACUUAAGUGACACCCUGAGGAAGCAAUCACCCAGGGAUAAAAAGCAGACACUGUAUAGGACAAACUAUCACAUUUCACCAACAAAACAGAAACAUCUUUUUCCGUUUGUUCAUCAAUGAGGUGCAUACCUGACCCCUGUAACUUAGUGGAGAAGUAUACUUCAGCUGACAUUUUAGUUAGUGGUUAGCUGGCUCCAAGGCAGGGUGGCAUGGCAGAGGGGCACAGUGGAGGAAAGGAAGCAGAGAGAUGGUCCAGGGAAGGAGGGAGUUAGAUACUGCCUGGUCUCACCCACAAAGACCCCUCUCUCCAGGCAGGCCUGCACUCCUAACAGCAGGUAAGUCAUGGUGCCUUUCAAAGGUCCUGCCUAUGAUUCCACAGGGACUUAGGGGGACACAUAGAAGCUGCAACAAGUGAUAAUAUUUAAAAAAAAAAAAGAGGGUAAGGAAUAAACUGGUUUAAAGAAAGAAGUUUUCACUACUUAAGAGAAAUAUUUGCUAAUGGUUAAAAUACCCUGAUGUCUAGUGUAGUUUUAUAUUCUUGGAAAAACAAAAAGGUAGAGUAGAUGAUUGUCAAAGUUACAUUAAAAUUACAAGUGAUUGUCAAAAUUACAUUAAAAUUCUUAAUCUGGGUGUGUUGGCAUAGCCUAUAAUCCCAGCAUUUGGGAGGCUCAGGCAGGGGGUAUGGCCACAAAUUGGUGGCCAUCUGCCCAUGUAGUGAUUUCAAGGUCAACCUGAACUACACAGUGAGAUCUGGUGGCAAAAUCAAACAAACAGGGAGAAAGAUAAUACAAAAAUUCUUGAAAUUGGAAGAGUAGUACCUGGAGUUCAUUACACUCUUUUAUGGAUUUGUUCUUUAAUGAAAAAAACUACAGGAAAUAAAACCACCACCAAGGGCUAAAGCAUGACCCCUGUUGGCUGUCU